AUGGCUAACAAUCCUACUAUUGUAAUCGUGCCGGGCUCAUGGCAUUGCCCGAAACAUUACAAAUACCUCAUUGAUGGUCUGGCAAAGUUCAACUACGAAGCUGUCGGCGUGACAUUACCGUCUGUGAAUUCAAGCCCUCCCCAUGCCAGUUGGGAUCAAGAUGCCCAAGCCGUCCGUGAGGUUAUCCUGAAGAGCCUUGACAAUGGCAAUGAUGUCAUUGCGGUCGCUCACUCGUUUGGCGGGGUUGCCAUGUCCGAGGCCGUGAAAGGGUUGGGCAAGGAAGCACGCGAGAAACAGGGUUUAAAGGGCGGUGUUGUGCGACUGAUCUACAUGUGUGCUAUGGCGCUUCCUGAGGGCCAGACUCAUGUCGGUCAGAUCCAGCCCCAGACCCCCGAGGAAGAGGAGUUGGAGCGGCAACGCCAGGAGUUACAGGCCAAGUACGGCGGUAUGCGUUUCACAGAGGUAUGA